GGAAGUGCUUUUCCAAGGUUCGGGCCAGAGAGAGGCCUGUAGGCACAGCCGCGGAGGCUCCACCGCCUCCGAGUAGGGGCUCCUUCCCGGAUCGGAACCUGGGGACCCGUGCCCACCGACCUGCACCCUGACCCUUCCCAUCGCCCGGGCCGACGAUGAGAAAACUGAGUCUUCAGAGAGUUAAGUAACAUUCCCAAGGUCAGACAGAAAUGACCAUUAAGAAGUAGAAGCCCAGAUGCAAAGUGAUGAAACAGCCAAUUUGUCAUAAAGUAAAAUGCAGCUGUGGCUUUUCAACCAGAUUAGAACAAAAUUGUAUCUGUUUUUCUCAGAAGAGAAUUCCACAAGAGAAAACAGACAUGAGAGGAAUCUCGUUUAAAUUACAGUACAAGGAAUUUAGAUCAGACAAAGAGUUUCCAGAAAAUAAAGUACCAGAUAUUGAAGUGAUUUGUUAAGUCAUCAAACAAAGGAAAUAUGGUAUUUUGAAGUAUGAUUAAACUCCUGAUGCUGCAGCAGAGGCUAAGAAUAUUAAUGGCCAGAUCUAGUGCUCACAUGGUCUUCUGAAAGAAGCCAUGGGUAGCUGUUGUAGCUGUCCAGGUAAAGACACUGUCCCAGAUAACCAUCGGAACAAGUUUAAGGUCAUUAAUGUGGAUGAUGAUGGGAAUGAGUUAGGUUCUGGCAUAAUGGAACUUACAGACACAGAACUGAUUUUAUACACUCGCAAACGUGACUCAGUAAAAUGGCACUACCUCUGCCUGCGACGCUAUGGCUAUGACUCAAAUCUGUUUUCUUUUGAAAGUGGUCGACGGUGUCAAACGGGACAAGGAAUCUUUGCCUUUAAGUGUGCCCGUGCAGAAGAGUUAUUUAACAUGUUGCAAGAGAUUAUGCAAAGUAAUAGUAUAAAUGUGGUGGAAGAGCCAGUUGUUGAAAGGAAUAAUCAUCAGACAGAAUUGGAAGUCCCCAGAACACCUCGAACACCUACAACUCCAGGGUUUGCUGCUCAGAACUUACCUAAUGGAUAUCCCCGAUAUCCCUCAUUUGGAGAUGCUUCAUCCCACCCUUCAAGCAGACAUCCUUCUGUGGGAAGUGCACGCCUGCCUUCAGUAGGUGAAGAAUCUACACAUCCUUUGCUUGUGGCUGAGGAACAGGUACAUACCUAUGUCAACACUACAGGUGUGCAAGAAGAGCGGAAAAAUUGCGCAAGUGUGCAUGUCCCAUUGGAGGCAAGGAUUUCUAAUGCUGAAAGCAACACUCCAAAAGAAGAACCUACUAGUAUUGAGGACAGGGACCCUCAGGUUCUUCUUGAACCUGAAGUAGUCAGAUUUGUCUUAGGACCAACUCCUGUUCAAAAGCAAUUAAUGGAAAAAGAGAAACUGGAGAAAAUUGGAAGAGAUCAAGUCAGUGGAGGUGGUGCAAAUAACACAGAGUGGGACACUGGAUAUGACAGUGAUGAACGAAGAGAUGCACCCUCUGUUAACAAACUGGUAUAUGAAAAUAUAAAUGGGUUAUCUAUCCCUAGUGCCUCAGGGGUCAGGAGAGGUCGUCUGACAUCCACCAGUACCUCAGAUACCCAGAAUAUCAACAACUCAGCUCAGAGAAGAACUGCAUUAUUAAACUAUGAAAAUUUACCAUCUUUGCCUCCUGUUUGGGAAGCCCGCAAGCUAAGUAGGGAUGAAGAUGACAAUUUAGGACCAAAGACCCCAUCUCUAAAUGGCUACCAUAAUAAUCUAGAUCCAAUGCAUAACUAUGUAAAUACAGAGAAUGUAACAGUGCCAGCAAGUGCUCACAAAAUAGAAUAUUCAAGGCGUCGGGACUGUAUACCGACAGUCUUUAACUUUGAUAUCAGACGCCCGAGUUUAGAACACAGGCAGCUCAAUUACAUACAGGUUGACUUGGAAGGUGGCAGUGACUCCGACAACCCUCAGACUCCAAAAACGCCUACAACUCCUCUUCCGCAGACCCCAACCAGGCGCACAGAGCUGUAUGCUGUGAUAGACAUUGAGAAAACUGCUGCUAUGUCAAAUUUGCAGAAAGCACUACCACGAGAUGAUGGUACAUCUAGGAAAACUAGACAUAAUAGUACUGAUCUGCCCAUGUGAGCCUGGAAAGCAUUACAUUGUUUGCACCUUUGUGAAUUUUUUUAAAAAUGAAGAUGCAAGUGCUUCAUUUUCUUUUCUAAACACUAACUCCUUUUAUAGACUGAUAAAAACAUUUUUUAAUAUUUCAUGUGCUUCUUUAAAGGGAAUUAAUGUAGAGCAGGUACUCAUUAAAAACACUAAUUUCAUUAUACACUACUCAUUACUGUACAGCAGCACUCCCAUUUUCACAGUGCCUAUUUAAAAUGAGAGUUGAAGUGAGUGACAUGCUGGUUGAUUUUUAUCAAUAUUCUGGACUUAUGCAUAUCAUUCAUGCCUAAGUCAUGGUUGGCAUUUAAAACAUUUUAUAAAGCCUCUUGAUGAUGUACAUUGCUAACAGAUAAACUCUAGGCUUUGAAAGUAAUAUUUGUAGAUUCACUGUUCAUGGUAUGUGGCAUCUAGCAUGUAACAUGAGGAAUCCUUUAUUUCAUUAUUUGUAGGCUUUUUGACUUGAGCCAAACCAUAUGUAAAGGAAAUAGAAGUACCACACUCCUUAUAUACCAGUCAGUUCCUUUGCCUUCAGCUUACUAGAAAGUCCUGUGUUUGUGAAUAUGGUUGCUGUUGGUGUGUUGAAAGGCAGGAAGAAGACAAGAUUUUCUGUUUAUUCAUCUCAUGUUGUUAUUGGAAGGGCGUGCCCAGAUGUCUGAAUCAGAAUUACAACGGGCUCAAGAAUUGGUCUCAGGUCACUUUACCCCAGAACAUUUGAAAAUCUGAACCAUGAUCUCUCGAAAGAGUCUCGCCUAUGGAUUAUUGACGAUCACAUCGUUUAUGGAGGCAUGUGUGCCGUUAGAUUGCCAUUUACCUUCAGUUUUUUCCUUUGGUGUUUGGGAUGUCUCAUUUUUUUGCUGACUGUAUUUUCCAAUUUAAAAUGUUUGAGUUUGUAUAUAGUUUUAAAAUUGGAUUAUGUGUUUAUUGUGUAGUGGCAUUUUUGUCAAAUUGUGGUUUUGAAGGUUCAUUUGGAACUUACUGUUAUUCUAUAACAGGGUUGCCCUUGUCCAGUAUUUAUUUAUAUGCUGUUUACUUUUCAAGUUGAUAAAAACAUUCUCUCAGUUUUAAAUUUUACUUGUGUCCAUAGGUGAUCUCUUUAGCAGCUGAGGGGAAAAAAAGGAAGCUAUUUUUAACAUACAGAGUUCCCUAAAGGUACUGUGUCUUCUCUGUGGGCACCCUCCCCAGCACUUUAGCAGUGAUUCCCUCAAGUCACAUGGCUACGAUUGUACUUUGCCCACUGUAGUGCUCCUCAGCUCUGCUGUCCUUUCACUCAUAGAUGGAUCUUUGAUUACCCCUGAUGUCAAUGGAAUGUUAAGAUUAUUGCCAGCAUAGCAGGUACAGUGGAAGUCUUGUAGCAAUGAGAUUAGGUCAUAAUUUAGGAUUUAAAAUGAAUUGAAGCUUGUGUAUACUGACAAGAGGUCAUAUGUCCAGCUCUUGGAAAAUCAAGAAUGUUCCAGUUUCUUAAACAUUAGAGAAGGCAAGAGAAGGUAGAGUGAAAAGAAGGUUAGGUAACCUUGCAAAAUAUUUUACCGUUUUCUCUAAAUUUGAGGAAAUUUGAGAUUAUGAUCUGGAUCUACCAGAUGUAACUAAGGUUAAGUUAGCAUGAAAGUUUCAGUCGUAUAGCAUCCAACCUGUUCAAUAAAUAACCAAUUAUAGGACAGUGAAUGGAUUAGCAUAAUAAUAGAAUGGGACCAUUAUAAAGAAAAUAAAUUAUUAAAGGUGUCUAUUAUUUUCAGUGCCAUUGGUUUAUGUGCAUAGCAGAAUUUCUUUUUUUUGUGAACUUGGUGCUUAUUAAAGUGUUCACUGCUCUCUAGAGAGAGAGCAGUGGUGUAGGUGUGCAGUUUCCAUUUUUAAUAUAUUGUUGCAUUUAUGUUUUCUUCUGAGUAGAUUGCUAAUCGUGCCAAAUUUAUGUGAUUUUUGUAAUGUGGAAUAUGAAUUGUGAUGGAAUUAGUACACAUGGUUUUAUCUGAAAUAAGCAGUCAAGACAGAACAUUAACCUCCAAAUAGAAGGGCUGACCUAUUUAUUCAUUUUGGAGGUUGGAUACUUUAUUUUCUUUUUCUAAUUCUUUGUACCUUUCCUUCCAGAUUCUAAUUAGUUUUUAUAUUUUUUAGGUAACUCCAAUAUAAUCACUGCAGUUUAUGCUUUAAAUACUGUAUGCUUUAAAAACAGAAAUGGGACCAAUUUGUCUGCUAAGAAUUUGAAUUUAGGUACUAUGAAUAUUAGGAAGAUGUAUACAUACAAGUGGUGUUAAUUUCUAGAUGUCUCUGGAAAUCACCUGUGAUCCUAUUUAAUAAAAAGUAAUGUAGAACACUCCUUGUCCUUUGCAGUAGUCUAGUCGUGGGCAUUAAGCUCCAUCCUGGAAGAAUGUACCUAUUAGCAGGUGCAUUUUAGAAUGCGAUAUUUUAUUGGGAUACAGUUGUGGCCAUAUGUUUCAGAUUUUCUGAGGCAGACCUGAUUUUAGAUACUCUGUUCUGUUGAUAGACCAUGUGAUCCCACUUUUCAGUUUUGGAACUCUAAUCAUUGUUAAUAUAUUUUCCCAAACAGAAUCCCCUUUUAUCCAUAUAGAUCAAAACUGCUUUUAUCCCAGACCAGGGGUGGAAACUGAUAUGGGUAUUGACUCUGUUUUUUUUUUUUCUUAGUGUGUUUUAUAUCCCACUUUCAUCUUCUUUUAAAACUGAAAAUACGGUGCCUUUUCUCCCUCCAGGAAGAUUGGCAAAUAGUUCCUUUUAUUUACUGCUGCUGUGGAGUGAUGAGAUAUGCACUUUACUCUUGAAGACUCAGCAAAAAGCUUUUCACUUCCCAGUAUAUCCAGAAUAGAUCACAUUUGGGACUUACAAAAAUUUGCCAAGCAAUCUUUGUUUUCAUAGAUAUUGAUGUUGACCCCACAGUUCAAUGUUAUAUGUCAAGCUAGUGUUUAUCAACCCCCCAAAGGAAUCGGUGGCACAAUAUAUAAAAAUGUACCUCAGUGAUGUUCUAUUAAAAAUGGGACAAGGGCCUUAUGUUUUCAUAAUUUCCCAAUAAUGUGCCACCAUAUUUUUGCCUCAAGGUAAAAGUUUUAACAAGCUAAAAAGUACUUCCCACUUUAUCCUGUGCUGUUCCUAACCCAUAAUGCCCAAGUGUUCUGUGCAAUGUGUAGUGUGUGUGUAUGUGUAAAUAUAUAUGUAUAUAAAUACAUAUACAUAUAUAUCCUUGAAAUAGACAUGCCAUCGGAGACAACAUUCAGAAGUAACUGAUGUAUUGGCAUCUCAUUCAUGUUUCUGAUAUGUGAGGUAUAUGGUACUAAUUACCUUUUCCCUGAUGUUUGCCAAAUUUGAAUAAAGGCAUUGGUACGAAAUUCCAGAAUGUAUAGAAAAUGUUUUUGGUUUGAAAAAUUAACAACUAUUUUAUGACAUACCACAUGAUACUCUGCCCAAACCAGCACCAUAUCUCUCUUUCCUGUUCUUUAUAUCCCUGUUCCCCAUUCCUACUUCUUCAUUUUGGGGGGGUAUAACACAAUUCCUUUGUAGCAUCAUUACAACUGCAAUUCUAUGAUGGACUGGUAUUAAUAGUACAGUAGUCACCGGUGUGCCACAUUUGCAUUAGUAAAUGCAAAAUACACAUUUUAUAAAGGACAAAUUUUGUGUUAAUGUUUUUAUUUUCAUUACAUUGUAUAAUAUUGUAAGAUUAUUGUAUGUCCUAAUUUGCAUUAUAAAUGUUUUUUUUCCUACAUAAAGGCAUAAAUAUAGCAACUUUGUAUAAAGGUAGCUUACUAGGUUUUUAAUUUUUCUUUUAUAAAAAGUUGUCUAACAGUGGGACUACCAUUGCCAAAUUGUAUAUGAAAUAUGAAUUUUACCCCCUAUGGUUCAUUUCUUUUAUAAACAUUCCACAUUUCUUUAAUAAAAGACAUAAGUGAUACUGUACUAUGCAUAAAAUGUAUUUUAAUGCUGUUUCAUAUCAGCAUUUUAAAUUUGGUUUGCAUUUUUCAUAUCGGCAAAAUUUACCACUGUUGAUGAAAACCUUGUUGUAUAUGUAACAACAUCUUUUGGCCCACUCUCCUUCCCCACCCUUUGUUCUCCGUUUCUUUCUAUCAGUGCCAACUUCAUACAUUUUGUAGCAUGGCAAUAAAAUAUAGCUUUUACACUGAGGCCAAGUGUGGCUUUUUGGAGGAUGUGGACCUGGGAGGAUUGCCCUCUAGUUUUUUGCAUAUGACUUUUUGCCAUAUGAACCAUGUCUCCAGGCACGAGAAGUUAUCUCAUAUAUGAUGUAGACAUGCUUUUAAGAACAAGUGUGAAUGUGCUUUUAAGCUUAAUUUUUGUCAUAACAAGAACUAAUUUUUUUAUCUUUGGAAAAGUCAUAGUUCUUGAAGUACAAUCAAACCUUUAUUAACUGGAGUACUUAAAGAAUAUGUUAAUAAUUUAGUUCAACAAGGGCUAAGCAACACUUUUUAAAUCCUUAUUUAUUACAAAGUAUUAGUAUACUUUAUAUGUACAAUAUGGUUUAAUCUUAGAUGGUGUGGGAUUUUGCGAUGGCUUACUGUUGUCAUUCUGGCCUGAAUUUCCAUGAUGAGGUACUCGAGUUGAUACUGGAAGCUGAGCUGACUAUAUACACUGACCUUAAGCAUUCAUGAAAAACUGCUUUGUUGAAUAAAACCUGGUCGGAUUUUUUAUGGUUCCUUUCCCCUUAUUGCUGAAAGUAGAUUGCAAUAAAACCCCAAUAAAAGUUUGGUUGGAUACCUA